AUGAAGAAAAUCACGAGGGCUCUAGUAGUUUUGUGUCUUCUCAGUGGCAAUAAUGCCAACGAAUCCAACGUCCGUCUCGGUGUCAACGCCAACUAUUUGAAGGAUUCGAUAUCCCCUGGAAUCGAUCCACCUCGCUACUCUUCUGAUCCACCCCCUUCUCUGGAUCCGACUUCCAACUUCCAUCCUCCUCCAUCACCUUCCGAUAAUGACUCUCCACUCUCUCAGUACUCUCCACACAUUCGAUCUACCAGAAAUGCCAACGACAAACUCGCCGACUACCUGAAACACACAACCAUCGUUGUUCAUCUUGUCAAUGGAAUCGCUCUCCAGAAUGGGUUGAUGAAUGGAAAGAUGACGUCGAAUGAUGUAGCUGCGGAACUCCUCAACUUUGGAUCAAUCCCUGUCUCGACCAUAGCCAACUUCAAGAAGGAUUCCGUUGUUGCUGUCACUACUCAACUAAAGAAGAUCCAUCCGACACUCGAUUCCUCUGUUGCUGACAUGGAAGGGCAGGCGUUGAAAUGGAAUGAGUUGAUCUCAAAAAGUGGUGGUCUCGAGAAUGUGAAGAAUCUCCCUGGCAGUCCUGAGUAUUUCUCGGAAGUUGGAAACUUCACGUCUUUCGACUUUACGGUUUUUUCUCAACCUUCCGAUGAACUCAAGAUGACUGGAACUUCGUUGACUGCGAUAUCUGACACUCUGAAUGUUUUCAAAAAAACAAACAAUUUCAUGAGUGUCUAUUCGAAGUGUGUUACUUUCAAUAGAGAGUUCAACGAAACACUCAACAAUAUUGACAAGUAUAAGCAGGAUAUGGAGAAGAUCAGCACUUAUACUCAACUGCAAAAGGGACCUGCUAUCCUUGAGCCACUGAAGAGGUUGAUUAAUGCCAUCGAGUUUCGUAAUAGUUUUACCCUGGAUCUCAAGAGUGAUGCUCAAGUGACUAAGAAUAUCGAACAAGUGCUUUCACUGGUCAAAUAUUCUCAAUCUGCUCAAAAUGAAAUUUUGAAUAUGCACAAGUUGGUGGAAUCUAGAGCGUCUCCUGGUUCAACUAAUCGAAAACAUACGAUUGGAUUUCCAAAUGGUUUAAAUGAUGUCACUCAACUGGUCAAAGAUGUUCGGGAUCCAUGGAUUGGGAAGAUGAUCAAUGUCAAGGGAUCAAAUCUGAAUGACCUGACUGAUGGCUUGGAACCUUUGUUCAACUUUCAGAAGACAUUGAGUAUAGUGGACGAGAAGUUAAAACCAAUCUCGGCGGAUGAUAUUCGUGACGCUCUUUCAAGUUUAUCCCCUUUGCAACAAGAGUUGGCUCAAUUGAAACCAGAUUCUGUCACUUUAGUCUCGAAUUUGUUCCAAAAUCUGGUGAGCUGCGAGGAAAAAAAUAUCCGAGAAUCUGAAUAUGGACCGAUAAAAACAUUUAUUGGGCAUGUCAAGACACUGGCAACUGCUCAUGAGUCGACGGAAUUGGCACUGGCUGGUUUAGACUCGACAAAAGUGAGAGAGGAGAUGAACGGACUGAUCGCGUCACUUGGAUUCAAAAAUUUUGGAGAUGACUCUAAUGCGGAACGGGAGAUCAAAGCGGUAGUUGAAAAACUAAAAAAGCACGACACGUUGAAGGAUAUGAAAGAGCUGCUGGAACGAGUGAAACAACGAUUCGAUGGAAUACCUGUUAAGGACAUGCAAACGUCUGCUGCAUACAUUGUCAAAAAUCAAAACGGCAUCACCUCGUUCACCGGAAUCGACACCGAAUUAAAGGUCUACGCAUGCAUUCAACAAUUUAAAAGUGAUUCGGUCAUCGUUUCCCAAUCCAUCAAGGUCAUUCAAAGUCUGAGAGCUCUGGAUCCCCAAAAGAUUGCUAAAGUCGAGUCGGCUGCUACAACUGUGUCGGAGGCUGCCAGUGGUCUGUCAGGAGUCGCCUCGAUUCAAGAGAAGAUGAAGAAGAAUGCCAGAGAAGCUGCCGUGGAGCUUAACAAGUUGCCGGAUGCCUCUAACAAGUCUGUGGUCAUAGGUCAAUCAGUGGAUUCUCUGAAUGCUGCAGUCACGUUGAGAGAUUUGGAAUCUCAAAUAGGUCAGCUCAACUCCUUCGAUGCAUUGGUUCAAGUGGAGAUUCAGAAGAUUUCUAUCGCAGCUGACAGAUCGGUGGUCGUGAAACAGUGGGGUAACCACAAAAAGGAUAUUGAUCAGUUGGAGAAGACUCUUGCUGGAAUCCAGUCGUUUGACUCCAAACUCAACGUCUCAAAUGCUACGACACUCGGUGAUUACGGUAGACCAUUGGGAAAUCUGGCUCUCUUGACUACUGUAUCGAUGAAUGCAAAGGAGAAGUUGAAGGCGUUGGAGACUUUGGCACUGACUGCUGAUUCGAAAGACAAACCAGUUAUAGAGAAGAGUCAGAAGACCCUGGAACAGCUGGCCAAUCUGGAUCUUGGUUUCGCAAGCCACUCUGCUCAAUACAAGAGUGCUCCACCGGCAUUCCAAGCUCUUCAUGACUUCCUAUCCAAGUUUCUCGCAAUCCCUCACAAUCAACAGCAAUCUCAGAACAGCUGGUCUAUUCCAGACGAGUACUACGGCUACGGUUCCGGUGGUCUUCUCAUCAUUAUUGCGAUCGCGGGCGUAAGUGUCUAUUACCUUCGCAAGUACAUUCACAAGAGUCGGAUUCGGGUUUGGCUAAAGGAGAACGAUAUGAACGAUCAAUACUUGGGCCUGGAAAUGCACAAGACGGUGAUAAAUGCGGUGGAGAACGCGGAUAAGCCGUUGACAUGGGGUACUGAGAAAUGGGUGGAUUAUGAUAAGCGGAGAGAUCCCGCGAUUUCUUGUAAUCCUUUCACGGGCGUCAUCCUGGAAAACGACUUGUGUAUUCAUGCCACCGAGUUUACCACUGCUCUGAAGAAGUUGGUGUUCAUUGCGACGCAGGCUCCAAUGAAAAAACGUACCUACCUCCGUGAGAUAUUCGAUGAAGAGAUGCAAGAAGUUGUGAAGCUCUCCCUGACAGAGGAUGCCGAUACGACAGAAGACUUUUGGCUGAUGGUCAUGACGAAGGGCACGGAGUACGUCGUCUCGUUGUUGACAGAUAAACAAAUGGAGAAGUUGGAGUGUCACUACUAUCCAGACACUACUAAGACACCCCUUGCUUGCGGUCGAUUCACGGUCAAAAUGGAAUCUGAGUCGUUGAUUUUCGAUGGGUCUGUUAAGCAGAGGAAUCUGGCGAUUGAGGACAAUAGCAAAAAGUUGGCAACCCGAAAACUGGAGCACUUGCAAAUUCUCGACGGUGAGGCUGAGGUUAUUGCUUUCAACAUUAAAACACAUUUCGCAGUGAUGGCUAGGGUGAAGAAGAGUAAGAAACCAAUCGUUGUUCACUGUUCGGACGGUACUGAAGCGACAAUCUCGUUCAUCGGGCUACAGUACAUUUAUGAAGAAGUGAAGAAGCAUCCGCAUCGCAAGUUUCAGGAUAUUGUUGUGGAGAUGUGUAAGAGACGGUGGAACGGUAUGAAACGGUACAUUCAGUCGGCGUGGCUUCUCGUUGGUGUCCGCGGACAGCUCUUGGCGGAAUACGUGUACAAUAACAAGAAGAAUAUCUCAUUCUUCGAUCAUGCUCUAUCCGGCAUGAGUGACCUUGUCUACCAACAGAUAUAUGACGAUAAAACCAAAAUGACGACGGCCUUAAAAACUUGGUCGUGGGAGAAUAAGGGCGACGCAGCCGUUCAUUUCGCUACUCACUCUCGAAUGUUGGAGCAGAGCCGGGUGACAACUGCGGACGUGAAAAAGGCGCAGGCGUAUUUGCCGGUCUCGAAGCAGAGAUUUCCCGAGAUUUACUGUAAUCCGAGCACUGCCGUCGAGUUGGAGGAGGAUGGGCGGAAGAUUCUGAUCCAUGCGAAUACGGUCAAGUCGACAGCAAAGUAUCCGACGGAGUUCAUUGCCACCCAGGCUCCAACCGACAAACGCACCCCGGGGAAAGAUGACACUUGUGAGGACUUCUGGCUAAUGGUGUUUCUCAAGAACUCGGAUUACAUUGUGACUCUGAUGAGUGACGAGGAGCUGACCACUAAGUGUGGAGCUUACUUUCAUCCGGAAGAGAAGAGAAGUGCCACGUGCGGACGGUUCACUGCCACCACACAGUCGGUGAAGGAAUUCAAUUAUGGAGUGAAGGAGAGAAAACUGGAAGUGAUUGACAAUAACUCGAAGGAGAAGGAGAAACGAGUUGUCACUCAGUAUCAGUACCAUACGUGGGACGAUAAGGACGUUUAUGAGGAUAAGGAGGCUCUGAUGGGGAUAAUGAAAGUUGUUAACAAGAGUGAGAAUCCAGUCAUCGUGCACUGCGAGGAUGGCGUCAGCAGAACCGGCGUCUUCAUCGGACUCCAAUUCAUCUACGAGGAGAUUGUCCAUCAACCGAAAAUGACAAUUCAGGAAGUGAUGGCCCGUCUACGGAACCAACGUUGGCACGCAGUCCCAUCGGUCUCCCAAUCGUUCUGCCUUUUAGUCGGUGUUAUUAAUCGAUUUGCUAACAAGCCAUUCCAAAUCAAAUAUACGAUUCCCCGAAAUCUUGCUGAAUUGAUACCGAAGGUCAAAGAACUUGAGGAGAAUGCGGCACGUCAACCGGCUGGUGGUGGGGAACCUGAAGAGUUUGACGACGAACAGGAAUCUGCUAGAGAGGCUCCAGAGGAGUCGGCGAGACCGGAAUAUAUGGCUAUUGAGAUUGAAGAGGGAGUGAACUAA